GCGUGGGCGAGGCGGAGGAGAGCCGUGUGCAGCGGCGUGUGUAGGGCCGUGUGCAGACCCGCGUGUGGCGCAGGCAAGGACCCUGAAAAUAAACAGCCACUACCUUCGAGCCGCUUUCUGCCGGCCUCGCUUCGAGUCUCUACAGCUUCGGGCCUGCUCAGACACUGAAGCUCUAACUGCAGCCAUGAGCAGCAAUGAGUGCUUCAAGUGUGGACGAUCUGGCCACUGGGCCCGGGAAUGCCCUACUGGUGGAGGUCGUGGUCGUGGAAUGAGAAGCCGUGGCAGAGGUGGUUUUACCUCGGAUAGAGGUUUCCAGUUUGUUACCUCAUCUCUUCCAGACAUCUGUUACCGCUGUGGUGAGUCUGGUCAUCUUGCCAAGGAUUGUGAUCUUCAGGAGGAUGAAGCCUGCUAUAACUGCGGUAGAGGUGGACACAUUGCCAAGGAUUGCAAGGAGCCCAAGAGAGAGCGAGAGCAGUGCUGCUACAACUGUGGCAAACCAGGCCAUCUGGCUCGUGACUGUGACCAUGCGGACGAGCAGAAGUGCUAUUCUUGUGGAGAAUUUGGGCACAUUCAAAAAGACUGCACCAAGGUGAAGUGCUAUAGGUGUGGUGAAACUGGUCAUGUAGCCAUCAACUGCAGCAAGACAAGUGAAGUCAACUGUUACCGCUGUGGCGAGUCAGGGCACCUUGCACGGGAAUGCACAAUUGAGGCCACAGCUUAAUUAUUUUCCUUUGUCGCCCCUCCUUUUUCUGAUUGAUGGUUGUAUUAUUUUCUCUGAAUCCUCUUCACUGGCCAAAGGUUGGCAGAUAGAGGCUACUCCCAGGCCAGUGAGCUUUACUUGCUGUGUAAAAGGAGGAAAGGGGUGGAAAAAUAUCGACUUUCUGCAUUUAACUACAAAAAAAAGUUUAUGUUUAGUUUGGUAGAGGUGUUAUGUAUAAUGCUUUGUUAAAGAACCCCCUUUCCAUGCCACUGGUAAAUAGGGAUUGAUGAAUGGGAAGAGUUGAGUCAGAACAGUAAGCCCAUUCUGGGUUUCUUGAAUAUGUUCCCAUGUAGGAGGUAAGAACCAUUUCUGGAAGUAUCUGUGAGCUUCCAUAAAUAACUUUAAUUUUAGCAUAAUGAUGGCCUUGGAUUGUCUGACCUCAGUAGCUAUUAAAUAACAUCAAGUAACAUUUGUAUCAGGCCCUACAUAGAACAUGCAGUUGAGUGGGAGUAAACAAAAUAAAAAGACAAACAUGCAUAUAUUAAUAUCUGUGCAAGAAAAAUUGGAAUAAAAGCCUAAACAGGAACAACUUCACAGCAUUGAUGUUGGAUAUGCAAGUGGUGAUGGCAAAGGUUUAGAACACAUUUUUUUUCAAAGACUAAAUCUAAAACCCAGAGUAAACAUGUAUGCUCAGAGUUAGCAUAAUUUGGAGCUAUUCAGGAACUGCAGAGAAAUGCAUUUUCACAGAAAUCAAGAUGUUAUUUUUGUAUACUAUAUCACUUAGACAACUGUUUCAUUUGCUGUAAUCAGUUUUUAAAAGUCAGAUGGAAAAAGCAACUGAAGUCCUAGAAAAUAGAAAUGUAAUUUUAAACUAUCAAAUAAAGCUGGAGGAGGAAGGGGAGUUUGACUAAAGUUCUUUUUGUUUGUUUCAAAUUUUCAUUGAUGUGCUUAAUGCAAAAUGCCAUAUUAAAAAGGGGAAUGUUCAGUACUGACAGGUUGGGCUUUUUGUAUUAACUCAGUCAUGUCUUCAGUAAUGAAAAUUAGGGGUUAUCAGGAGGCAUAGGCUUUAGCUACUUCAGAAUGAGUUGUUUUGCAGGGAUGUAGAAAUUUAAUUCUCUUUCUAAUCCAUUCUUUAGUUCCAUGUUCAUUCUGAACAGUUUUAAAACCAUUGCUAUGUUUUAGUAUUUACAUUUUUCCUGGGCUUCACAAGGAUCUGAAAUGUUGGCUUCCUUGGUUUUUUUCUAGUAUCUGAUCUAGAGUUGAGAUCGACUUUAGAAAUCUUCUCAUUUUAUGAAUUCACUUGAUAGAUGAGUUACUAGAAGUUUAAUUUGCUUGAUGGAGUAAAUGAAAACCUAGAGCCUCAAAUGUCUUUUCACCCUAUGCCUUCUAUUCUUUUUUGUUCUAAAUACAGUUAGUGGCAUAUGUUUUCCAGACUUGUUUUUUUCUCUUAACAAUUCCAUGUGAUUCUUCCACCUUGGAUGUUUGUGGAUUUUUCUUCCUCCAUGUAGGGCAAUUUGUGAUGGUAUAUAUCACUGCAGUGUUAAGAUUUUGGUGUCUCAGCUGUGCUGUGUCAGUUCCAACUUUGUCAAAUUAAUAGUCUAAAGCAGGCAAGAAAGUGAAGCUAUGGCAGGUUUAUUUAUUUAUGAAUACAGGCUUACAUGUUUCUUUUUCAUUUUACCUUUUUACUGAGCAAACCGUCUCAGAUGUUAAUUAAGCAUGUUAAAUAUGUUGACAAUUUUAGUUUGUACCACAGUAUGAAACAGCAUAACAAGACCUGUUUUCAAAAGCAUCACUGCUAAAUGCAAUUAAAUUCAGAGUUGGGGGUGGUGGUGCAUGAACAUGGGGUUUCCCCCAAGGUCUCUGGCAUCAUAGAAAAACAUAAAACAUAGCAAAGGAGAUGUUUAGAACAACUUUGCUUCAUACUAUUCUCGUCGGGCUGCGUUUGUAGUUCCUGGUAGCCUUUUGUUGGAGACCCUUUGACACAUAAUUAAGGACCUGCUCAGCUGACCACAAAGUGUUCUUUCAUAAGAUAGCCUUUAUUUCCACUGACCUUGGUGACUGAGCAAGUGCAAUGUGAAAAUGUGUUUUGCAGGGAAAUCAAUACAAGGAGCUAAUAGGUUAUCUUCCUCCAGGAGAUAUGGACUAGGAAAAAAACACUCCCUGUGUUUCUCUAAUAUCUGCUGAGAUUCCCAUCCCUGUAAGCUAGAUAAAAGGUCAAAGAUUUCACUUAUAUGGGUUGAGAGGGUGAAGGAAAGACCAGUGGAGUAAUGCAAUGUAUUUUGUAUCCUAUUGUCUAAAGGAUAAAACUGUAUCUUGUUCUUGCAUUUCUGUUAAGUUUUGCUGCAUUUUUGCUUACUUCUAGAAUAGCUAUUUCUCCUUAGCCUUUUGAAGCAUCUUUAUCAAUGACUUAAAUGAGUGGAUCAGAAAGUCUUUCUAAACCAGGUUCUGUUUACAAAUUGCAUUUGAUUAGUUAACUUUCUUUAGUCUCUAUUAAUCUCCCACCAGUUCCCCACUUUUCCCCCUCAUAACCUUGAUUUUUUUUGAAGAAAACAGUUUUCUUUUUUUUUUUUUGGUGUAUAUUUACUUUUUAAUAGUUUUUUAUAUUAAAUGCUAAAUGACAGAGAUGGUGGCUUGGCCUUUAUAGUAUUCUUGUAGUUCCUUAGUACCACUUAGUAUUUCAAUGUUGUAUUAGCUUCCAAUAUUCUGAUAAAUACUUCUUUUCAUAUGGGAUAGCCGCUUUACAAAGAGUUCUUUGCACAGAGGGAACUUCACAAUUUCCUUUUUUCUAUUGGCCAGUCGUGGUAUGCAGAAAGGCACAGGUGUCAACUAGAUCUUCCUCAACAUCUUGGUCUGCCCACUUAUCAGAUGUCAUAUUUAACUUACCAAACCACUUGAAACUCUCAUCCUCUGUGUCAAAAAACGUAUCUAGUAGGAUAUCAUCUGGACCUUUCCAUUGCUUUUUGAAGUAUCCAGUAUAAAAGAAUUUUCUUCUUCAUUGUGUAUGCUUAUCAUGUCUGCUCCUUUAAAAUAUGUAAUAAUACUUUAAUCCAAAGUCAGGAUUCAGCAAGAUUCUCUGAGUCAUAUCUCCAUUUUUAAAAACUGAUGGUUCCAGCUGCUAUUACCUCCUGUCAUGGUCAGUACUCUGACUUCUCAUAUCCUCUAUGCUUUCUACUUUGAUGGUUUCUUGAAGAAAAAGAUAACAACUGUCUUGGAGCUGAAUACAGGUGGAGGAAGGACAGUCUGCGACAGCGGGGACAAAGCCCAGGAGCAGCAGCAGGAGUGAGGGCAGCGCGUCCUGGAGCAUGACUGCUUUUUAGAGGAGCAAAGAUUUUUAUUAAAGUGAAAGUACAACUCUCUUAUGUGAGGAGUACCCGAAACGGAUGCCCAGCAGUUUUCUUGAAUGUCGUAUAUUUACUGACAUUUUUUUUCUUGUGUCUUUUUUUUUCCUUCAUGAUACCUAAUUUGUUUCUAUCCCCUGUAUUUAUUGGUCUAGAGGCUUGAUUGUUGGGUUCAGCUUAAAUUCGUUUUGGCAAGAAUGUUUUAAAAGUGUAAUACUGCAUUAUAUCAGUUCUACUUUGAUACAGAACUUGAUCAUUUAAGGUAAUCUCUUUUCAUUGUAGUGAUACACAUUUCCCAUGAAAAUGUAGUACUUUGUCUCUUGGUGUCCUUUCACUUAAUGCUUUUAGCAUUUAUUAUCCAUUGUUUUGUGUUCAUAAACUUGUUACAUGAAAGGAAUGUAGAACGUAAUUCCACUGGUUCAGCAAAACCACGUUGUACUGAAGAGUGAUAUAAUGCACUUCCAUGGUUUUGAAGUUCUUUAUAAAUCUUGAAUAUCACUAAAAAAACCAUAUAAGGAAGAAAAGUUGGGUUUUUUGUUAGAAAUAGUCACAUUUCUGUUGAAGAUACAGGCAGGGGUGGGGGGAGGUCUUCCAAAAUGAACAUUUAUAUAUAGUUCUUUGAAAGAUUUGCCUAGGAAGAUUGUAGCUACUGCACUGACACCUUAUGCCAAGGAGCAAGAUCUCAAAUGCUUUGCAGAACCCUGUGAGGUUACUUGCCAUAGAAUCCUAUUUUUCAUCCACAGUUCCCCUUUUUGGUCAGAAAUCAUUCUGAAGGAUGCAUUGAUGCCCAACCUUUUGGUCGUAUAGUGUGGUCUCACAGCUCUAGGAAGGUUCAUUCCUAGGAAAUCUUGGUUUUGAUGUUGUCUUGACCACUGGGGAUGGGGCAGUACUGUAGCCAUGGGAUCUGAGACUGAAUUUUCCUAAACUAGGAAGACCAAGUGAGUGGAAGGCAGUCGAGUCUUAACGGCCUUCAUUGUGAAAAAACAAUGUUGAUCAUUUCUAAUCUAUGAACUAUGAUCAGAGUUUUGCCUUCUGUCUCAUCUUUUUGUAUUUGGCAUCUAGUAUAACAUUUACAUAAGCCAUGAAAGUAUUAACAGUUACAAUGUUCAGUAAUCAUAAACAGUUGCACUAUAUAGAAAAGCCCAAGGAACAAGUAUAACUUAACGAUUGAUGUCAUUAGCAGACAGGUAAAGACAAUCAUACAAAAUGGACUCUGAGUUUAGUAUCAAUACAUCGGUAUACAGGCCUUGUUGAUUUCUUGGGAUAGUUGUCUACCUCUGGUGUUGGCAGCUGCUUAUCCUCAAGGAGUCUUUGAUGUCUGUCGAUGGGAACAGAUGUUCAUUUGUGGUUGGGCACUUGAUAAAAUCCCUUCCAAUGAGGUUGGAGAGUGUCUUGUUUGAUGUCCUUUUCAGUAAAAUCUCCAGAUGGCAGUUAUUGAUCUUUAAAGUCUUUGUCCCCCGGGAGCUGGCAGUGAAAGGAAGCAGUUACCAACUUGUCAUUUUCUUGAACUGACUAUCAAACCUUGGCAAUAGUGUAAGAUGUCUCCUUUCGAUAAUGUCAGCUCAUAAGUUCCUUUAGCUUAAAUGCACUGUGAUGCCUGAAGAAAUCCAAGAAAAUGGGGAGCCAGGGAGCAGGGAAAAACCAGGUAACCAUCUUGAGUUUCCCAUCGUUCUUUGUUUAAUUUACAACCAUUGUUUAUCCAUACAAUAAGUUUUUCAUCACUUUAUUUUACAAUGCAUCCCGUGCAAUUUCAAAUCUUUUGAGGUGUUCCAGGGGCUCUUCUGAAACACUGCAAAGUUAUUUCUACAUAUUUUGAGAUUUUUUUUUAACCCUUAAAACCUCAAUGUCCAGUGAAAACUAAAAAGUAAUCAGCAUUCUUUAGCUUGGACACUACAUCUAGAAAUAUUUUUCAUAUACAUGAAAAGUUUAUUAUUAACAUGGACUUAUUUUUGUAAAACCUAGGCAAAAUAGACAUGUUCGUUUUAUUGAAACCAACAAACUUAAACUAGCUUUUUUUUUUUUUUUUGUACAUUUACUGCUUUAUUAUAAAGGAUACUAAUGAACAGCCAGAUGAAGAGAUACAGAGUGAGAUCCAGAAGGGUCCAGAGUGCAGAAACUUCUGUUCCCGUGGAGUUAAGGUGAACCAUCCUCCCAGCACAUAGAUGUAUGUGUAUGCCAGUUCAGAAGCUCAAGCUAGAUUUUAUUUAAGGAUAGAUUUUAGGUAAUGUGGACUUGAGAAGCAUUUGAGUUAGUUUCUAGAGGAGAAUUUUAGAAUACCCAUUUCUUACAAGCUCUUGCCUUUAAUUUUUACAAUACCAUCCACAGGUAGAAAAUUAUCUCACUUAUACAACAAGCAAAUACAGGCACACGGAUACAGAGAUCUUUCAGCCAUGAAAAACAACUAGUUUAUAAAAGAACAAUUGGAUCCAAAUUUUGCCAGGGAGGUAUUUACAUCUGUCCUUGACAAGUCAGGUUCCAAAUGACCUUACCCCUUUAUUAAGCCAGCCAUUUUUAAUAACUCAAAGAAUUGGGUUGACACCUAAAUGACAUCAUGGGUUGAUCUAUUUAUCUAAAUCCUUUUUUUGAAGCUUCAAGAAACAUGUUUUCCACUGAUUCUUUUUUAUAGUUGGCUUUUUCUAAUUGCACACAAAAGAAGUAUCAGAAUCCUCAUUUCGGCCAUCAUAGUAUUAAUAGAAGACUGUCACAGGGCUUGCUGGCCUCGGAGGCACAACUUCCAUUGUUAAUUUUGAGGUCUGUAGAGUCUGAACAAACUUCUAGGAAAAACCAGCCCUUAAGUGCAUGUCUCCAGAUGAGCCAGAUGCAGUGGAUAUUCCUAUAGGACUGCUGUACACCCUACAGAAAAUUUUUCUCAGGCAAUUCCACAAAGAUUCUUAGUCACGUAAGACUACCCAAAAAAGGGACAGCAAGAGCUCACUGGAAAUCGCCAAAACCGAUGAUUUCCAAGGUAUGGGUCCCUCAAGAUGCACCCAUUUCAGGGUUUCCUGCCCUUGUCCCUAGGGCUUUUGCAGGCUUUGAAAUCUGGGUGACUGCACUAUCUACUGGAUGACUCUUGGUCCAUAUCUCUGCUACUCCGGAUUCGGGGCUCUGAAAGAAUAUUGUCACUCUAUUGGCUAUUUGGGUUGGGGAAGCAAGUGUCCUUUAUCUUUCAGAGCUAGAGUUCAGUCUUAUUUAACCAGCAGAUUUUGGUCAGACUCAAAAUAAGCCAAACUUAAAAGCAGCAACCCGUUUUUUUCCUCUCCCUGAGUUGAGGAUUUUCUAAGAAUAGUUCAAAGUCAUGGCCUGCUACUUAAAAUGUACGGGGAUUCCAAGAGAAAUUCACCCAAGUUCACUCAAUGCAAAGGAGUUGGUCGACCCAAUGACCCUUGCUUGUACCUAGCACUGGGUCCGGGUCCUCAGGGUGGUUCUGGGUGGGCUUCAGAAUCCUGCUGUACUAUGCCAAAUAAAUAUCCAUGUAAGAACGUACAACCUGUAGAGAAUUUUUAUACAAGUUUAUUUGAGCCAAACUGACAAUAUAAUACUGGGGAGCAAGAUAUCAAAUGCUCCUGAAUUCCAUCUAAUUUUGAUACUCAUAGCAAAGCUACACCAUUAAAUAUCUUUUAGAUGUGACAUGCCACAAAGCCUGCAUCUUUUUGCUUAUCUAGCAAAGCAAUUUUUAAAAAUGUUUGACUGGUCUGUGCAUUGACACUUGAAAAAUAACUGAAAAGAGACACCUCUUUCCCUACAGUACUUAAGAAUUCCAUUCCUCCCCAAAGAACCAAUAUGCUCUAUUGCAAUGAAAGGUUACAAUGAUGGGAUUUAUAGGUUACAUCUGGGGCACCUGUGCACAUUAUUUUGAAUUUUUGAGUCCAUUGCAGCAUUACACUGCAAUGUGAAAAACGUGCAUUUGCCUUGAAUCAAUGAAUAGGGCUUUGGGGUGGUUGACUCUUCCAGAAAACAUUUAGAUUAUGCCAUGUGGUACAGGUAUAUUUGUAACCUUGUCCGCUUAAAGUGACAGAAGUAAAACCUUGAUAUUUUGGGGGUUGAAUAGUUUUUAGAGCACAUUGUCUUUUUAGUAUAUGUGCUGCCGAAGCGAGCACAAGCACAUUGUCUUACUAUUUGUUUCUUGCUCCAUGUUUUUGAUGUGUUUGCGUUAAUAAUAUAAUAUUAGUGUUUGUUGUGACAUUCUACAAUAAACCUCUGAUAUUAAAACUGGUGGGAAUCAUAGGUUCUCUAAAAGAUUUUGAGCACAUUGUUUUUGCAGUGGACCUAGAUAAGCAUUAGGCAUUCCAUUUGCUCUUUGUAACCUAAAGUAUUAGGGACUACUGUAGUGACCCGUAAGGGCUUGCUAUGUAAAGCAUGUAACUGCUUAAGCAGUUUAAAAGCAUAAAUCCUAACAACAGUCUAUGAAGUAAAUGUUAGUAACCUCUUUGCUAGAGUUAGAGAUGCAGACAUUUGGCUUGCAUUUGUCAGGGUGGGUCCUGAGCAUCAGUAUUUUGUGGUUCCAGUUGAUUCUAGGGUGCCACUGGAUUGAAAACGACUGGUUUUCAAAGGUCAUAAGCCUUAGUGGUGCAGUUGGAAUUUGACAACUCAGUCCUCAGCUUAUACUUGUAGUUACAGUCAUUUACAUAUAAUUAUCUUUUGCUUCCCUUAGAAUUGAAAGAGCAUUCAUUAAACAUAACUGCUUCACAUGUAUCCAUUUUCAGCCCCACUACAAACCUUGACAAAGAAUUUAACUGCCAUUUGUAAUCUUUUAGUAAAUGUUUUGAUAGCAAGCUAUGGUAUUAAACCUGUUUUCUAAGAUAGCUGAUACAUACCUGAUGGUAAGGAUGGUGGUAGUGGUUUCUUAAAAAUAAAAAACAUGGUCUUUUUUACA